CUGUUGAGAAAUCUGCGAAGACUCAUUGGUGAUGGUUAUCCCAAACCUCGUUCCUCCUGCUUCGACACUGAAACGCGAUAAAAAAACAUUUUAACUAGUGACGGUUACUCGACUUCUGUCCGUGCCGUUUCAGCUCAGAAGUGCUUUCUCUGUCUUCCAUCAGCGGGAAGAGCAGACAGACUGUGAACAAACCUCGUCAUGAACUGGGCAUUCCUCCAAGGCCUCCUCAGUGGAGUGAACAAGUACUCCACAGCCUUCGGCCGUGUGUGGCUUUCCAUUGUAUUCCUCUUCAGGGUCAUGGUAUUUGUGGUGGCAGCAGAGAAGGUAUGGGGCGAUGAACAAAAGGACUUCAAAUGCAACACAGCUCAGCCUGGGUGCCAUAAUGUCUGCUAUGACCACUUCUUCCCCGUGUCCCACGUCCGGCUGUGGGCACUGCAGCUGAUCUUUGUCACCUGCCCCUCUCUCCUGGUGGUGAUGCAUGUGGCCUACAGGGAAGACAGAGAAAAGAAGAACAAGCUCAAGUAUGGCGAGAACUGCCGCCGUCUCUACCAGAACACCGGCAAGAAGCGAGGAGGCCUGUGGUGGACUUAUGUCCUCACUUUGGUUUUCAAAAUAGCCGUGGACGCCACUUUCGUCUACCUCGUCUACCACAUCUACGAGGGUUACGACUUCCCCUCGCUCAUUAAGUGUGAACAGAAGCCCUGUCCCAACAAAGUGGACUGCUUCAUUGCUCGGCCCACUGAGAAACGAAUCUUCACCCUCUUCAUGGUGGUCACCAGCCUGGUCUGCAUCCUUCUCUCCAUUUUUGAAAUCGUCUACCUGGUCGGCAAACGCUGCCGUGAAUGUAUCAGCUCGCUUCAACACUCUCGCCAUGACAUGACCAACAGAAUGUCCAGUGGAAGCAACUUGAUGGAGUCAAACACUUUGAAGCUUACAGACAAAAAAACACCCAACACACCUGCUCCUUCAUACAGUGUUGCCAUAUCUUGAAGCUAGUUAGAAUAAAGACUUUAUGGAAAACAGAGAUGGAAAAGUGUCUUACCUCAAAAUACAGGCACUUCCUUAAAGACUUCCUACAUUUUUCUUCCAAGAGACUGAAUUACGAUUGAUGUAGGUUUUAACUGUUUGGUUCUACACUGCCAGAAGACAUGUUUCAUUGAACUGGAAUGUGCACACUGUGGGGUUUGGGUCAGAGCAGAAUGUACAGAUGAAGUUCCAUGCAUAAUGAAAAAAAUGUGAUGCAGUGUUGGAUUUAGCCUUGAUAGCAAUUACAUGAGUCACCCGAUGGCCUAGCGAGUGGUUUUACAAACACAUGUGGUUUUCUGUGUAAGAAUUUUCCCCUGCUCACUGCCCAACAUCCAAAAGUUUGCUUCAAACAGAACUGUCUUUUCCUUAUGCACACAUUCAUAUGUGACCCUGUCAAUAGUGUACUUUUCAUAAUUUAUCAAAAGGUUUGGACCAUUUUUCUGUUGUGCAAGUUACUGUUCUCACAUGUCAUACUGCAUUCUGUAAACAAGCAGCAGAGAGCUUUGCAGCGUAAAUGCUGUGGUGUAAACAGAUUGAAUGAUUCCAGGAUGUGCAUAGUUCACAGAACUGAGAUACACAUGAUUGCAUAGUUGUUCAUAUUUUUUCAUUAAAUAUUUUUUUCUUGUUUAAA